AGCCCACGGGAUGAGAAAGGGGCCACUCAGCCCGGCCGUGAGAAUGGGCUGUUCGGGCAGAACACUCCUGCUCUCCCUGGCAUCCGUCUCCCUCUGCCUCCACGGAGCUCCAUCACAGGACGCCAGCCCUGCUAGGCGUGGGAGGCCCCUGCUGGAGCGGCUGCGUCGGCUGGAGGCACAGGUCCAGAGGCUGCAGGAGGUCAGUGUGGCCCAGUUCCAGGACAUCGCCCUCAGCAUUGACACCCAGUUCCGCAGCCUGAGCCUCCAUAGCCAGGCUGCGGUCCAGGCACUCAACCACUCCUGGGCCACUCUGCAUGGCGACCUGGGCCAGCUCAGGACCUCACUGAGGAAGACACAGCGCAGGGGCCACCGGGUGGACGCGCGGCUGCAGGCCCUGGGCGCCACCCUGGACCGGGGGAGCAGUCAGCAGAUGCAGGAGCAGGAGGCGCGGAGGGAGGCCCUGAAUGGCCUGGCGCGGGACAUGCGUGCCCAGCAGGACACGCUGGCUCACCUCCUGCACCUCGUGCAGAGCCAGGGGGCCAGGCUGGCUGCCCUGGAGCUGCCACUGCAGCCAAACACCACAAAGCCACCACAGGGCAGACAGACACCCUCAGCUCCUCCUGGACACCCGCUCCGGGACUUUACUGCCCGUCUCGACGACACACAGGCACCCAGAGGCCACAGCAGCCAGGGGGCAAGGGCCCCCGAGAUCCACCUAGAGAACUGCAACGUGGGGCCCGUGCUCGUCUUCCCCACCGCCUCCACCAAGAGCGCCGUCUUCCUCCGGCCUGGCUUCCAGGCCGGCCUGCGGGCCCUGUCCGUCUGCAGCUGGAUACGCACAGCCCCGGGCCGCCUGGGCACCCUCCUGUCCUAUGCCACGGAGGACAACGACAACAAGCUGGUACUGCACGGCCGGGACUCCCUGCGCCCUGGCUCCAUCCACCUGGUCAUCGGGGACCCGGCCUUCCGAGAGCUGCCACUCCAGCCACUACUGGAUGGCCACUGGCACCACGUCUGUGUCCUGUGGGCAUCUGUCCUGGGCAGCUACUGGCUCCACGUGGACCGCAGCCUCGUGGCCGCUGGCUCUGGCUUCCGCGAGGGCUACGAGAUCCCACCUGGGGGCUCCCUGGUGCUCGGCCAGGAGCAGGAUAGGGUGGGGGGUGGCUUUGACAGUGCAGAGUCCUUCGUGGGGAGCCUGGCCGGCCUGGCCAUCUGGGACCGUGUGCUGGUCCCCGGGGAAGUGUCAGAGCUGGCCACCGGAAAGGCACUCCCUGAGGGUGCCAUCCUCACACUAGCUGACGCCACCUUCGAGGGCGGGGUACGACAGGCCAGUUGUUCCUGCCUCCCGCUCUGUCCCUGAACCACAGCAGAACCAGACAGACUCCGGCAGUCCACAGGGCGUCAGAACCAGACAACAGGAAGCAGGGACGCAGGGACGGUUGACAGGCAGAGCUGAGAGUCUCAUGGAUGCCUUCCUGCGCUGGCCGGGAUGGCCCCUGAGCUGUCGGCAGGACCAGGAGCGGAGUUGGGACUCCGUGACCCCAGGGGCAGUCCUGCCAUUCCCUCCCAACCUGCUGCCACUGCUAUGUGAGAACUGCUGGUGCUUGGCUGUCUCAGACCAUCAGCCCUUCCGCUGGACAACCAAGCCGAGCCACACUUGGCUGUUCUCCUGCCUUGUGGGGCCCCAAAUGCUUGCCCAGCUCUCAUACCUGGUCCAGCCACCUGAGUCCCUGUGUCCUUGCCAACGUGUAUCUUCAUGUGUCCUUUUCAUAUUAAAACAGAAUUCUGGGGGCUGGAGCAAUAGUACAAAGGGGAGGGUGUUUGCCUUGCACAGGGCCAGACAUCUCCAGUUUGAUCCCCAAAAACCCAUAUGUCCCCUGAGCACUGGCAGGAGUAGUUCCUGAGUGCAGGGCAGGGAGUAACCCUUAAG